AUGUCCCGGAGGCUUGAUCCACGCGCUGAGCGCAUCGCACAGAACCAGCAGACGCUGAAGAGCCUCGUCAAGCUCGAAAGCAACAAGAGCUGUGCAGACUGCAAGCGGAACAAGCAUCCACGAUGGGCCAGUUGGAAUCUCGGAAUCUUCAUCUGCAUUCGCUGUUCCGGCAUCCACAGAGGCAUGGGCACGCACAUAAGCAGGGUCAAGUCGGUUGAUCUCGACUCGUGGACGGACGAACAGUUGCAGAGCAUGCUGCGGUGGGGCAACUCCAGGGCAAACAAGUACUGGGAGGCCAAACUUGCGCCUGGCCACAUACCCUCCGAAUCGAAGAUUGAAAACUUCAUUCGGACAAAAUACGACUCGAAGCGGUGGGUCAUGGACGGGCCCAUGCCGGAUCCCGCAACACUGGAUGCUGAGGGGGACGAUGACCCUCUGAACGUCGUCAAGGAGAAGGCUCAGUUGGAGCGGUCCGCGUCUCUACGCUCUGGCAGCGCCGCCUCAGCCAGCCGGGCCACUCCCCCGCCAGUCAAGAAGCCUCCACCGCAGCCAACGAUGGACAUUUUCGGAGACGACCCUGCGCCCGCGCCCGCGCCAGCACCGCCCUCGCGACCGAGCACCGGCCCACCGGUCAACAAGGCCCCUCCCCCGAGGACGGAGCCCGCCGCGCCGAAACAGAGCAAGCCAGGCGACUCGCUGCUGGGUUUGGACUUUUUCGGCUCACCAGCCUCGACACCCCCUUCGCGGCCCGCAAGCGUCGCGGCUGGCACCUCCACCUCGGCCGGGCCGUCGCGUCCGGACCUGAAGCAGUCCAUUCUCUCGCUCUACGCCGCCAAGCCCGCCGCCGCGGCGCAGCCUGUCAGGCAUCAACAUACAGGCUCUGGGUCGUUUGGCGGUCUGGCGUCGGGCUUCCAGUCGCCGACUGCGCAGGGUUUCGGUGGGCUAAACGACGCCUUCAGCAGCUUGAGCUUCGGCUCGACUCCUACCAGUGCGACUGCGCCUCCUCCGAAGCAGGACGCUUUUGCCAGCCUCGCCAGCCCGUCAAUGAGCCAGCGUUCGACUCCCGCGCACACGGCGUCGUCGUCACGGUCAGGUGGAUUUGGCAGUGGCGGUGGUUUCUUCGACGCGCUGCCCUCGAAGCAGCCCGCACCCCCAGCUGCCCAACGCACUUUCAGCAGCAGCAGUGGUUUUGGCGACUGGAGCUCCGCAGCCUCUCCUGCUGCGUCCGCACCCCCCAAGCCUGCCGCAUCCUCAGGCGACCUCUUCGAUCUCUCAUUCGACUCGACCCCGUCCGCCUCGGCACCCCCGAAGCCCGCUGCAACCUCCAACUCUCUCGCAGGCAUGAGCUCCGCGUUCAACCUCUCCAACCCCGCACCCCCGAAGCCAGCAGCUCCGAGCGUGAACUACUCGGCCGGCAUGUCCAACAUGGAUGCUUGGGGCUCGAACGACGCGUGGGAGUCUGCUCCACCUCCGGCACCUGCACCUGCUGCACCUGCGCCUGCGCCUGCCCCGGCAGCGGUGUCGAGUCCGCUCGACGACGACUUUGGCGGGUGGAGUAGUGCGCCAUCUGCGUCGGCGGGGGCGACGGGGGCGACGCCGAAGCCUGUGGGCAGCAUGGGUGGUGGUGGGGGGAAUGACGAUUUGUUUGGGAAUGUGUGGGGGUAG